UGGUGUAUUGAUCUGCACGGUCACUCUCUAUGUGAGCACGGUCCAUCGUAGGCGGGAGCAGCAACGGUCCAGUGUGCUCUGUUCAGGAGGGGCCCCAGUGUAGAGGUAGCACUGUGCCUGUGUGGUGCAUACCGAAGCCUCGGUACCUGCCUGCCUUUCGUUCAGUUGUGUGGAGCAGCUAGUUUCAUACAGGGAGAUAUCAGACUGCUCGGUGAACAGGACCCGACUGCUGCUUCGCUUCACACCAGGUGACCACGUUGCUCUGGUAAACCCCAGGUAAGAUGUCUCAUCGGAGUGGGCAAGAGGACCCAGAGCGGUACCUGUUUGUGGACCGGGCUGUCGUUUACAACCCGGCCACACAGGCCGACUGGACGGCAAAGAAGCUGGUGUGGAUACCCUCAGAGCGCCAUGGCUUUGAGGCGGCCAGUAUUCGUGAAGAGCGUGGCGAGGAGGUGCAGCUGGAGCUGGCCGAGAACGGUAAGAAGGUGGUGAUCAACAAGGAUGACAUCCAGAAGAUGAACCCGCCCAAGUUCAGCAAGGUGGAAGAUAUGGCCGAGCUCACCUGCCUGAACGAGGCGUCCGUGCUGCACAACCUGAAGGACCGCUACUACUCGGGACUCAUAUACACGUACUCUGGCCUGUUCUGUGUGGUUAUCAACCCUUACAAGAACCUGCCCAUCUAUUCAGAGAACAUCAUUGAGAUGUACAGAGGGAAGAAGAGGCACGAGAUGCCUCCACACAUCUAUGCCAUCUCUGAGUCAGCAUACCGCUGCAUGCUUCAAGAUCGUGAGGACCAAUCAAUCCUUUGCACAGGUGAAUCAGGAGCUGGCAAGACCGAGAACACGAAGAAGGUCAUCCAGUACCUGGCCCACGUUGCCUCCUCACACAAAGGACGCAAAGACCACAACAUUCCUCCCGAAUCUCCCAAAGCAUUCAAGCUCCAGGGUGAGCUGGAACGCCAGCUCCUGCAAGCCAACCCCAUCCUUGAAUCUUUUGGCAAUGCCAAGACAGUGAAAAAUGACAACUCAUCUCGCUUUGGGAAGUUCAUCAGAGUCAACUUUGACGUCACAGGCUACAUCGUCGGGGCCAAUAUUGAAACUUACCUUCUGGAGAAGUCGAGGGCCAUCAGACAGGCCAAAGACGAGAGGACCUUCCACAUUUUCUACCGCCUGCUGGCAGGGGCUGGAGAGCAUCUCCGAACGGACCUGCUCCUCGAAGGCUUUAGCAACUACCGCUUCCUGUCAAACGGUAACGUCACCAUCCCUGGACAGCAGGACAAGGAUAAUUUCCAGGAGACUCUGGAUGCCAUGCACAUCAUGAGCUUCACCCAUGAAGAGAUAGUCUGCUUGUUGAAGGUGGUCUCUGCAGUGAUGCAGUUUGGCAACAUUAUCUUUAAGAAAGAGAGAAACACUGAUCAGGCUUCCAUGCCUGAGAACACAGUGGCGCAGAAGCUCUGCCACCUGCUUGGGAUGAAUGUGAUGGAGUUCACCAGAGCUAUCCUCACCCCAAGGAUCAAAGUGGGACGGGACUACGUGCAGAAGGCUCAGACCAAAGAACAGGCUGACUUUGCAGUUGAAGCCCUGGCCAAGGCAACAUAUGAGCGGCUGUUCCGCUGGCUGGUCCACCGCAUCAACAAAGCCCUGGACAGGACCAAACGUCAGGGGGCGUCUUUCAUCGGCAUCCUGGAUAUCGCUGGCUUUGAGAUCUUUGAGCUGAACUCGUUUGAGCAGCUGUGCAUCAACUACACCAACGAGAAGCUGCAGCAGCUCUUCAACCACACCAUGUUCAUCCUGGAGCAGGAGGAGUACCAGAGGGAGGGCAUCGAGUGGAGCUUCAUCGACUUCGGCCUCGACCUGCAGCCGUGCAUCGACCUCAUUGAGAGGCCGACUAACCCGCCUGGUAUCCUCGCUCUGCUGGACGAGGAGUGCUGGUUUCCCAAGGCCACCGACAAAACCUUUAUAGACAAGGUGCUCCAGGAGCAGGGCACACACACCAAGUUUCAGAAGCCGCGUCAGCUCAAGGACAAAGCCGACUUCUGCGUCAUUCACUACGCAGGGAGGGUGGACUAUAAAGCCGAUGAAUGGCUUAUGAAGAACAUGGAUCCUCUGAAUGACAAUGUGGCCACACUGCUGCACCAGUCAACUGACAAGUUUGUGGCUGAGCUCUGGAAAGACGCUUUGAUGCUCUCUACACAUUUACCAGUGAAACCAGCAUUAAUGCAGUUACCUCGCCGUUUCUCUUCAACUCAUUUUCCGUACCCAGUCGACAGAAUCGUGGGUCUGGACCAGGUUACAGGCAUGAAUGAGACGGCGUUUGGUGCCGCUUACAAGACCAAGAAAGGCAUGUUCCGCACUGUGGGACAGCUGUACAAGGAGCAGUUAUCGAAGCUGAUGGCCACGCUGAGGAACACCAAUCCUAACUUUGUCCGCUGCAUCAUCCCGAACCAUGAGAAAAGGGCUGGUAAACUGGACCCCCACCUGGUUCUGGACCAGCUGAGGUGUAAUGGUGUGCUGGAGGGGAUUCGUAUCUGCAGACAGGGCUUCCCCAACCGCAUCGUCUUCCAGGAGUUCAGACAGAGGUAUGAGAUCCUCACUCCUAACGCCAUUCCCAAGGGCUUCAUGGAUGGCAAGCAGGCCUGUGAGAGAAUGAUUAAAGCCCUGGAGCUGGACGGCAACCUGUUCCGUAUCGGCCAGAGUAAGAUCUUCUUCAGGGCUGGAGUCCUGGCCCACUUGGAGGAAGAGAGGGACCUGAAGAUCACUGACAUCAUCAUUUACUUCCAGGCCGUCUGUCGGGGGUAUCUGGCACGCAAGUCCUUUGCAAAGAAGCAGCAGCAGCUCAGUGCUCUGAAGGUUCUCCAGAGGAACUGCGCUGCCUACUUGAAGCUGCGUCACUGGCAGUGGUGGAGACUCUUCACCAAGGUGAAGCCUCUGCUGCAGGUGACCAGGCAGGAAGAGGAGAUGCAGGCUAAAGAUGAGGAGCUGGUCAAGGUGAAAGAGAAGCAGACCAAGGUGGAGGGAGAGCUAGUGGAGAUGGGGAGGAAACACCAGCAGUUAGUGGAGGAGAAGAACAUCCUAGCAGAGCAGCUGCAGGCGGAGACAGAGCUGUUCGCUGAGGCCGAGGAGAUGCGAGCUCGUCUGGCUUCCAAAAAGCAAGAGUUGGAGGAGAUCCUGCAUGACCUGGAGUCCCGGCUGGAGGAAGAAGAAGAGAGGAACCAGGGCACGCAGAACGAGAAGAAGAAGAUGCAGACCCAUAUCCAGGACCUGGAAGAACAGCUGGAUGAGGAGGAGGCUGCCAGGCAGAAGCUGCAGCUGGAGAAAGUGACGACUGAGGCCAAGAUGAAGAAAUUUGAAGAGGACAUUUUGCUACUAGAAGACCAUAACUCCAAGUUCAUCAAGGAAAAGAAGCUGUUGGACGACCGGGUCAACGAGAUGACCUCGACGCUGGCUGAAGAGGAAGAGAAGGCCAAGAACCUGAGCAAGGUCAAGAACAAGCAGGAGAUCAUGAUGGUCGACCUGGAGGAGAGACUGAAGAAGGAGGAGAAGACCCGUCAGGAGCUGGAGAAGGCUAAGAGGAAGCUGGAUGGGGAGACGUCCGACUUUCAGGACCAGAUAGCCGAGCUACAGACGCAGAUAGAGGAGCAGAAAGUUCAGCUGGGCAAGAAGGAAGAUGAGCAGCAGACGAUGCAGACGAGGGGUGAGGACGAGGUUAGCCAGAAGAACAACGCUCUGAAAAAUGUGCGGGAGCUGCAGGCCCAGCUGUCUGAGCUGCAGGAGGACCUCGAGUCAGAGAAAGGAGCCAGGAACAAGGCCGAGAAACUGAAGAGGGACUUGAGCGAAGAGCUAGAGGCCCUUAAGACUGAACUGGAGGACACCCUUGAUACAACCGCUGCCCAGCAGGAACUUAGGACCAAGCGUGAACAGGAAGUCACAGAGCUGAAGAAGACCAUCGAGGAGGAAACUAAAAACCAUGAAUCUCAGAUCCAGGAGAUGCGACAGAGACAUGGCACUAUCUUGGAAGAGCUGUCUGAACAGCUGGAACAGGCCAAGAGGUUCAAGGCCAACCUGGAGAAGACCAAGCAGAGCCAGGACACAGCCAACAAGGAGCUGGCCGGCGAGGUCAAGGGCCUGCAGCAGGCGAAGACGGAGUCCGAGCACAAGAGGAAGAAACUGGAGGCUCAGCUGCAGGAGUCCACGGCCAGAGUCACUGAGGGAGAGAGGGCCAAGGGAGAACUGGCCGAACGCACACACAAACUGCAGACUGAGUUGGACAAUGUGUCGACCAUUCUGGAAGAUGCAGAGAGGAAGGGGAUCAAGAUGGCCAAAGAUGUUGCUGGACUAGAAAGUCAGCUACAAGACACACAGGAGCUGCUCCAGGAGGAGACGCGUCAGAAACUAAACCACAGCAGUCGUAUACGCCAGCUGGAGGAGGAGAAGAACGCUCUGCAGGAGCAGCAGGAGGAGGACGAGGAGGCGCGCAAGAAUGUGGAGAAACAGUUGUUGAGCGUACAGGCUCAGCUGUCAGAGAGCAAGAAGAAGCUGGAGGACGACGUCGGAACAAUCGAGAGCCUGGAGGAGAUGAAGAAGAAGUUGCAGAAGGACCUGGAGCUGGCCAGCCAGCGUCUGGAAGAGAAGACCAUCGGCUUUGAGAAGAUGGAAAAGACAAAGACCCGGCUGCAACAGGAGCUGGAUGAUCUGACUGUAGACUUGGAUCACCAGAGGCAGAUCGUCUCCAGCCUGGAGAAGAAACAGAAGAAGUUUGAUCAGAUGCUGGCUGAGGAGAAGAGCAUCUCGUCUCGUUACGCUGAAGAGCGUGACCGCGCUGAAGCUGAGGCCAGGGAGAAAGAGACCAAAGCUCUGUCCAUGACCAGAGCUCUGGACGAAGCACUGGAGGCCAAAGAGGAGCUGGAGAGGGUCAACAAGCAGCUUCGUGCUGAAAUGGAAGAUCUGAUGAGCUCCAAGGAUGACGUGGGCAAGAACGUCCACGAGCUGGAGAAGUCCAAGCGUACUCUGGAUCAGCAGCUGGAGGAGAUGAAGACUCAGCUGGAGGAGCUGGAGGACGAGCUGCAGGGCACAGAGGACGCCAAGCUGCGUUUGGAGGUCAACAUGCAGGCCAUGAAGGCCCAGUAUGAGAGAGACCUUCAGGGCCGGGACGACCAAAACGAUGAGAAGAAGAGAGCGCUGGUCAAGCAGGUGCGAGAGAUGGAGACAGAGUUGGAGGACGAGAGGAAGCAGAGAGCUUUGGCUGUAGCUGCUAAAAAGAAGCUGGAGAUGGAUCUGAAGGAUAUAGAGGGUCACAUAGAAGGAGCUAACAAGGCUCGAGACGAAGCCAUCAAACAGCUGCGCAAGUUACAGGCCCAAAUGAAGGACUACCAGCGGGAGUUGGAAGACGCCCGAGCUUCUAGAGAUGAUAUUUUCGCUUUAUCCAAGGAAAAUGAGAAGAAACUCAAGAGUCUGGAGGCUGAGAUUGUGCAGCUACAUGAGGACCUGGCAGCAUCUGAGAGAGGCCGGCGCCAUGCAGAGCAGGAACGGGACGAGCUGCAAGAUGAAAUCUCAAACAGCACCUCUGGAAAGUCUGCUCUGAUGGAUGAGAAGAGGAGGCUGGAGGCUCGCAUCGCCCAGCUGGAGGAGGAGCUGGAAGAGGAGCAGGGUAACAUGGAGCUGCUCAACGACCGCUUCAGAAAGACAACCAUGCAGGUGGACACCCUGACUACAGAGUUGAGUGCGGAGCGCAGCACAUCCCAAAAGAGCGAAAACGCUCGCCAGCAAUUGGAGCGUCAAAACAAGGAGCUGCGGGCCAAGCUGGGCGAGCUGGAGGGGUCUGUGAAGAACAGGUUCAAGGCCUCCAUCACCGCCCUGGAGGCCAAGAUAGGACAGCUGGAGGAGCAGCUGGAGCAGGAGGCCAAGGAGCGAGCAGCAGCCAACAAGACUGUGAGAAGGACCGAGAAGAAGCUGAAAGAAAUCUACAUGCAAGUGGAGGAUGAGCGUCGCCAUGCCGACCAGUUUAAAGAACAAGUGGAAAAGGCUAGCUCUCGUAUGAAGCAGCUGAAGCGUCAGCUGGAGGAGGCUGAGGAGGAAGCCACGAGGGCCAACGCCUCGCGCAGGAAACUGCAGAGAGAGCUGGACGACGCCACCGAGGCCAGCGAGGGUCUGAGCCGCGAGGUGCACACACUCAAGAACCGCCUCAGGCGUGGCGGCCCCAUCAGCUUCUCCUCCAGUCGCCCAGGCAGACGCCCGCUUCAGGUCGAGGGAACUUCCUUAGACCUCCUGUCCGAUGACGAGCUGGAAAACAAGAUCACCGACAACAAUGCCAAUGAGACGCCGCCGCCGCCGCCGCCCCAGCCGGAGUAGAAGAGAGAAAGCCUUAAACUGUUGCUCUCCCUUCUACGCAUCAGCUCUCAGCCCCGACAGAAUUACUUAGACCCCCCAGCUUGAAUAGGGACUCUUCUAGGUCUGUUCUCUCCAAACACACGUAGCAUGAUCUAAGCAAGAAAACCCCAGACCUUACUCCUCCACUCUAAACCUUAGCACACACCAGCAGUUGGACCCCCAACGCUCUCUUUAUCGCCCCAAGUUGUAAGAAGCACGACUCUGCCUUACCCCACUUUCUCAAGCUGCAGGGCUGCGUAAUAUAAAAGCCACUUCCAUCAUGCGCUGAGUUUGGACUACAACAGUUACUCCAAGGCACAUAAAUUGCAUAUGUUGUCAACUAAAAGCCCCCUCAUCCAUUAUUGCAGAGAUUAUAAUCACGUAAACCGUCUGAUUGAGCUCAUAAUUCAGUGCGUGCACAUGUGAGUGGAUGAUAGCUAUCCUCCGUCGGAGUAUUGAGCUGUUUAAAAUGCUUCCACGUGGUACAAUAACAGCGUUGCAUCAUGGGAAAGGAACAGAUCGUGAUGAAAGAAAACAACUUUCUGACUAUUUUUGCAUCAAUAUCCAACAUAUACAGUAUGUCCAUCAUGUGAAUCAGUGUAGUUUUAGUUAGUUGAACUGUAACUGAAUAGUAUUUUCCCAGUCCUAUGCUAGGAUUGUUUGCUUGCUUAUGAAUAUAGAAAUGUGACUGUAAGCCGCCUCAGUGCUUCUGACGGUGUUUGACAGUAGGUCCGUGUUGACUUGUAAUUAUUCGAUGCGAGUGCUGAAAGCGUUCUUUUGCGUAUUUCUUCUGCUUCUGUGCCUUUUUUUCGCUCACUCGAAACUCUAAACCCAUUUACAACACAUAUGCUGUUCAUAUAUUGAACCAUGCCUAAUUUCAUGAAGGUAUUUUCAUAAAAUAUUCAUACAUUUGCAUAUGUAAUGAGCUAAUAGUGGGAAACUGGUUUUCUUUCAUUUGUACGUCCUGCUACAGCUUCCAUGUUACCACAGUGAUUGAUAUGUCGAACCGUGCGGGAUUCUUUGUAGAUGGGUGCUAUGACUUUUCUUAUUGAUAACUUUUAUACUUUUUGAGUUAUUAAGUUUUAAAAAACAAUCCAAUAGACAUCAACUGUAUUUAUAUCUCUGCUGUUGUAUACAGUACAGACUCCAUUCAUGUUUCAAAAUGCUCAGUAUUGCACAUUGAUCAACUGUACCUAUGCUUGUUACAUGACAUGUACAGUUUAUGAGUUAUUAGGAGCUUUAUGAUACAUUAAAGUCUGUGGAGCCCA